AUGUCAACGUAUGCCGAAACAAGUUUCAACUCUCAGCAGUACGAUAAUUCAAGACCUAACUACCCCGAACCAUUCUACUGCGAGUUAAUUAACUACCACAAGGUGAAAGGAGAUACGCAACUUGCAGUCGAUAUCGGUUGUGGUUCAGGGUUUGUAGCUUUCAAGUUAUUAGAAUACUUUGACCAUGUGAUUGGGACCGACCCAUCAUCUACAAUGAUUUCACAAUGUCAAACAAACAUUCCAAAACUUCCAGAAAACAAGACAAUUGAAUUUACAAUUGGGUCAGCAGAAUUGCAACCCUCAGGGAUCUUGCCUGCUUCAGUUGAUUUAAUUACCGGUGCCGAGUGCUGUCAUUGGGUUGAUCAUGCAAAAUUUUACACAGAAUCGGCCAGAAUUUUAAAACGGAAUGGUACUUUAGCGUAUUGGUUUUACAAAGAUCCAGUUUUUGUGGGGUACCCCCAAGCAAAUGAAAUUUACGAAAACUAUACUUACAACUCUUCCAGAGAGGUGAAUCCCGAUGAUGAAUUUGAAAGAUAUAUGGGUCCAUAUUAUCAACAACCGGGCCACGAUUACUUGCGCUCGUUAUUAAAAGAAAAAUCGCCUCCGAGUGAUUUGUUUUACGAUAUAGUAAGACAUGAAUACGUAUCAGAGCGUGAUGGAUCACCUCACAAUGAUGAAGAUGCUUAUGUUACCAAAACACCGUUAUUCAUUCGUAAAGUCAUUGAUAUGACGUGGUUUUUAAAUUAUGUCAAAAGUUGGAGUGCUUACCAUACUUGGAUGAAAGAGCACGGUGACAAAUAUGACAUUGCCGAGAUAUUUGUUGACGAGUUGAAGAAGGAAAUGGGAUGGAAAGACGAUACAAAGGUUGAGGUAAUUUGGGAUACUGUGUAUACUUUUGCUAGAAAGAAAUAG